ACCAAAACCUAAAAAACAGAAGACUCAUUAUCUAUCGCCGAUCAGAGGAAGACUUUUAAAAGGGAAUUUUUUUAUAUCAAAGUCUCUGGUCUCAAUCGAAAGGGGCAAACAAGGAACAAGAUGGUGUUUUACUUCAAAGCCCGACCAGAGGCUGGCGAUUACACCAUCUUCAUGGGUCUCGACAAGUACGAGAACGAAGAACUCAUCAAAUACGGUUUCCCCGAAGACGUUUGGUUUCAUGUGGAUAAAAUGUCUUCAGCUCAUGUUUAUUUAAGAUUGCACAAGGGUCAGACUAUUGAUGAUAUAAGUGAAGGUGUUUUGGAAGAUUGUGCUCAGCUUGUCAAAGCGAAUUCCAUUCAAGGCAACAAGGUGAAUAAUAUUGAUGUUGUUUACACUCCAUGGUCCAAUUUAAAGAAAACUGCUUCCAUGGAUGUUGGCCAAGUUGGUUUCCACAAUUCAAAAAUGGUUCGCACUGUGAGGGUGGAAAAGCGGAUAAAUGAGGUAGUUAAUAGAUUGAACAAAACAAAAGUGGAAAGGAAACCUGAUUUAAAAGGUACCAGUGCUGAUGAAGGCGCGGAUUACAAGCCACUUCUUGGUGGCUCAAGCACCGAUCCUCAGAAGUUCACCAAGAACCCAGAGGUUGGUUUGGUUACUGUUCUUGAAAACAUUCGCUGGAAAGAACUUGGACUUCUCACUUUUGUUUGGGUUGCAUACCUAGCACUGCAGAUUGCCAAGGUUAUUUUAUUUUUAUCUGCUGGCUAUUAUGAAAAUGGCUUGUUUAAUUAG